UUCCGGGAGCUCCGCGUGGACUGACUUGUUUGGGGUUCUCCACUAUGGCCGAGUUAGCAGGCCCUGCAAAGCCGAGUCUAGCUUUGAACCCGAAGAAAGACUCGCAGUUUGAGAAGACUCUGACGCAAAUCCAACGGCGCGCGAAAAAGCAAAAGAAGAAAGAUAAAGUUAACUCCGGAGUAGUUUAUCUGGGCCACCUACCUUCAACACUUUCUGAAGGCCAUAUCUAUGACUACUGUGCCCAGUUUGGCGAUAUUAGCAGAUUCAGAUUGUCCAGAAGCAAGCGGACGGGAAACAGCAAAGGCUAUGCCUUUGUGGAGUUUGAGUCUGAGGAUGUUGCCAAGAUAGUUGCAGAAACAAUGGAUAACUACCUUUUUGGUGAAAGACUUCUAUCAUGUAAAUUUAUCCCACGAGAAAAAGUCCAUAAAGACCUUUUUUAUAGCAAGUGGAAUGCUCCGUUUCAUCCACCAUCAUUUCCAGCAGUGAAACGCUAUAAUCAGAAACGAGGACAUUUGCAGAUGUUGAAGAUGGAGUAUCGGUUUAAGAAGAAGGAAAAAUUACUCCGGAAGAAACUAGCUGAGAAGGGGAUUAAUUAUAGUUUUCCUUCACUGGUAAAUAUCCUUUUCCGGUUUUCUUGAUGAUUUCUCUUAGGGGUGGGCUUCCUGCCUCACU